UGUCUCAUCCACAUCAGCCAAAAAAGCUUAGCGCAGAUCAAUGCACGAGGGCACGAGGCAUUCCGUUUGCGUUCCCUUGUGCUUCUUAUAAUCUACCUCCUGCUUUCAAUCCCCACCACAGACCGUCCAACUUCAGAGUUCUUACUAAACUUGCACCAUAUAUCGCGAAUCAAGCUCAAGGCUACUUCACAUGUCUGUCGCCUCAGAAUCCUCCCAGACUGAUGUCUUGGAAUAUAUCAUCACCCACAUCUGUUGUCCCAUCAAAUUACCGCAGCACAGCGAUUAUACUGUCGAUAAUGAUCGCGCCCUCCUUGAUCUCGUGCUAGGGUCGGCUCGCAACUUUGUGAGUUCGUUGCCCAACCAUGAUAAGGAGCAGUGGGCUCCUUUAUUGAAGAUGCUGGAGAGUCUUACCAUCACGACUUCUUCUUCCCUGAUCGGGGAAGUUGUCGAGUCACAAGUAAAAUCCAUGGAAGCAGGAGAUGUUCUCGCAUAUCUGAUUCGGGAGCAAAAUGCUGCUGUAGUGCUUCGCAGGCUGGACAUGAAAACCAUCUUUGAAUCCUUCGAAGUUUCGCCACCGGCAUAUGCUGUCAUGGAGGCAAAAGGGAAGCUCUUGUGUUCGUAUCCGGGACCUGCGAUCGCUAUAUCAAACUUAGUGGUGGAUAACCCUACCUUUCCCCCCGAGCUGGUGAACUUUCUUUCGCACAUGAGUUCUGACGGAUUAGAUCCUGCAGUCCUCAAAGGAGAGACUGCAAAUCCUCACUAUAUCACCCGACUUCUUACUGAUAUCCUUUGCGCAUUUGGCGAGCCGGCCAACAUCCCUCGUAUUCGAAAACGUAUAGGCGAUGAUGUGUUACAGUCUAACGCCAAGCUCCCUUGGCGAAGGUCAUCCCUCUGGCUUGUCAUAAGGGUUGUAUUGCAGACAUCUCUCGAGCGCACAAGCCUUGGACGAAACAGUUACAAGGCUUUCAUGGCUUCUCUCCUGACCGACCUUGUGUCCAGAGCGCUUGAGGAGGAUAUCUCGAGUGAUCUACUUUACUCCAUGUCCAAUAAAGUUAGUCGUCGCUUGGUCAAGCUUCAGGCCGAAGACGAAUUCUUAGCAAUCGCGAUGCACAAAGCUACGGAAGAUAUCAAAGACCGACUGGAGCUGCGCUGGAAGAAUGUUCAGGCGGCUCAGUCGGUUUCUUCUCAGUGGGAUGCCUCGGAGAUACAUAAAAUCAGAGACACCAGACUCUCUUUGACCGAAAGCAAGGAAUACAUCAUCUCUAUCCUCCAUGCUGCCCAUGCUACCCCGGAUGCUACCCAUGACCAACUUCCUGCGCCAGAAUUUCAGCCUCAUCAUCACCCACGAGGCACUAUUAAGGACUUCCUUGGUCCUGACGCCAAUUUCUUCGAGAGCGCUUAUACCGACGACCCCUUUGUAACACUUUCGGAUUUCGAAUGUGCCAUUGAGCAGGACAUUGAUGGCUGGGUGAACCAUGUCAUGAACAUGGAUGCUGCUGACAUCGAUGCCGCUUGCAUGGCCAUUCAAGCGCGCGCUAAAGGUUAUUCCACCAGAGCACAACAGUGCUAUUCCGGAAAUCCUGAGAAUAUAUCCACCAUGCUGCUCACACUGUUCGAACUCUGGGUCGCACUUGAUAAACUGGUUGUCAAGUCAAUCCCUCUCCUCCUGGAGUACUCUCCGGAGGUUCCAGUUGCCACAUUCAAUCGCCUUCUCCUUCAAAAAGCUGCCGCCAUAGAGCGACUCAGAGUUCUUCAAUGCUAUGUUGCCAGGCGUCACACCCCCAAUGCGCUCUCGGUCUUCUCAGAUGGUGCAGAAAUGCACACGUUCGCAGUUCGUUACUAUCACCAAUCCAAGGAGCUGCAGUCAUACAAGCAGCGCAUUACAGAUGAUGCAGAUGCAGAGCGUAAAAAACGAAUCGCAGACCUUCAUAACAAAAGCGACAGAUUCCAGCGUCUCACAGAUGAAAUUGACGCCCUAUCGUGCGACUACUUCAUGUACUCGGGAGGUUUGGUCCAACAUGAACAUAAUUGCCGUCGGUGCAAGAAGCAAAGUGAGAGGGAUAACCUUGCUGUUGAAGUCCAUGAAUGGCCGCUUCCUGAGUCUGUUUACGAUGCAGCGGUAGUGGUAUUCGAGCUUGCUUCCCCGGUCGCUUUCAAGAUGUGGCGAUCUUUCACCUUCCACUUUCUUUACCACAUAUGCACCCCAACUUCACAACAGACUCAAAGUGCGAGGCAGUACAUUCUGCUCGCACAUUAUGCGCCGCUCUCGGGUUAUUACACAGAGCAUCCCGGUCAACGUAUCACACUAGCCUCCAUGAACGAGCCCCUCCGGACCUCUCCCAAAUCCCUUCCAUGUACUGAAAGCGACAUCUUCGUCAACAAUGUUAACCAGCUGCGUUUCAUUCUUUACGAUACGACUAGUGGUGUUUGGGCCUCCAAUUCUUUUCGACAGACUGACAUAUCCAACAUUUGCACCCACGUGCUGCCGAACGGUCCGUAUCAUGGACUGCAAUAUUACCUGUCGGGUACCCAGCACACCUCCAAUGAGGUCUUGGCCAACCAGGCCUCAUGUCAUGCUGAGUUGACGCUUCAUGAAUUCAUCGCUUUUGGGGGCCUUCGUAGUGGCAGCCUUUUGCAAUGGAUCAACAUUCUUCGUGAAUUGCGAGCACGCACCCUCACAUUUCGCGAUCCUGCGGUCCACUUGCUACUGCUCCAGGCUAGUUGGCAGGUAGGAAAGCUUUCAGCCGACGGGUCUAGGGCAUGGCACAACGAACUGAAAACCUCAGAGUUCGGAUACGCCCUUAUUGAUGAGCUCCAAAGCUUGAAAGUCAGCGUGGAAGCAAAUUGGCUGGAGGGCACAACAAUGUCGACAAUCUCCGUGCUGGCAUCCCGCCUUCUUUCAUCAGCAAAAGAUUCCAGGGUCAUCGAUAAAUUACACGAGUUACUGCGAGCUGUCCGAAAUACAACUUUCAAAUGGGUACAAGAGCUAUCCGAAUCUGAUGAUGAAGACAAAACGUCUAUCUCCAAACAUCGAGCCCGUGUUUGUGACAUGGCAGCAAUUUGUCUCAGCACCUAUGAUGUUGGCCCGGACAACAUCGCAGCACUCCUCGAAUCACCACAGGACUUGGAGAUCCUGGUGUACUGCUCUGUUACAGUGAGGGAUAACGUGCCACUGGAUCUUCGCACUCUCCCGAUAAUUUCAAGGUUACUUCUUGAACGCAACCGCCGGCUGUCACACUUCUUAGAGGCCUAUUUCCGACAAUAUGUGGAAGACGACCAAGAAGGUCUUGAUAGGGCAAUGGAGCAUAUUUGGCCUGCAUACCAGCGCCACACGCGCUGGGAAGUACUUGAAUCUCCAAACUCUCGGUGGCUUAGAUGUGAAACAGCGCCUCUUGACGAUUCAUCCCGCCAAAUCAUUCAUCUUGAUAUGUUGACGGCAAACCUAUUGGUUGACGGCAAGCCAUUAGCCAGGCUGCCAGAUUACUUUUUGCGGCAUCCUAGCUACAUCACCCUCUUCGGUCGUCAAGUGUUUGAUGUUUUUCCCACAAAGAUCUCCGGCAUGGAAUUUAUUGCCAAGGCCGUUGUGCAUCGCUUCAAAAUAUUUUUUGGGAUGCGCAACGGGGACAUUGUCAUUCAGUCGCAAUGUGAGAAUGAAGACCUCCUUGAGCUGGUACCUCCGGGGAAACUUACGCUGGACAUCCCCGUACUACUGGUCAAAGAUCACGUGCAUUGGCUCAACCUACGCACUCGUGUAAUCGAAUUUCGUCCAAUGGAGAGCCUCCCACUUGAAAACUUCCAAUACCUCAUUGUCACUUGCAGCAUGGAUGUAGUCAAGGUCGAUCUCCCUCGGUUUGGACUCUCUUUCUUUAUAGACAAGGAUGGAGAAUUGCAUUCACGGAACCAGAGAGGCAUGGUUGUCGAUAAAAAUCAAUCCACUGGUACAAUGCUUGGACUUGUGAACCAGCUCGUUUUACGCCCAAAAGAUCGACAAACUUACAGCGAUCGCCGUGUCAUCAUUCCCCAAGGGGAUGUAGUAGUGGAGCCCAGCGGUCACCAUAUCCAGGUCACCAUCCAUAUUGAUCCUGAUCAUGCUCGCCUUCCCUACCACUGUUACACCAUUGACACGGAACUCUGCCGCCUGACGGGAAAUGUUGGUCUCACGAAUAAACUUUACAAGGUGUACUUGCACGCCGUGUGCAGUGCCCAUGUUCCAGAUCCGUUGACUCGACGCACUGGUUUGGAGGAAGCCAUGUAUUUGCUGCAAUCUGCUGCAUGUUUUUCCUUCAUGAAGCUGGACCCAUUCGAAUGCAAGCUUCUAGCUUGGAUAGGUUCCUUGACCGUUGAUCGGACAUGGUCCAUUGCCAGCGGGAGGUCACAGAACGUCCACUGGCAAAGUGGCUUAUCAUCUUAUGUCCAAAGUUGCGCAUUCUACCAUGCUGCCAGGGACAUAGUCCAAUAUGCACGGAAGCUGCAGGUGCUCAGCGAAACACCGGUUCCAGUUUGUCCAAAAUUUCCAGCACGCGAUGAGUCCCUCCUGGAACGCGCUUCUCAGCGGUCCACUUUCCUUUACUCCCAUGAUUCAGUCAAUUCUUUCUAUCCCAGAAAAUCGUCGAGCAGUGAAUAUACUUCCAGGGAUGUUUAUUGGUGUUCAACCAAUGAUCAAAAUGCGUUUGAUUGUGCACGCAUGGUGCGCGACUGGAGGAUCACGCUUGAGCCGUGCCAAGCGCUCUAUGACAUAUUCGUUCAAUGGAAAGAAAUUUCUGGGAGAACAAACAAUUUACUAUCCCUUCGAUACGACGGAGAGUGGUUGAAGCCUGACUUGGCCGAGAUAUGGAUGACCGUCUACCAACUUUGCUGUGACGCAGACCGAGAGACUCACACAUUCCAACUCGCUUUCACGUUACCAGCCAUGGCUUAUUCCUCUCCGGACAAUAUGAAAUUUGCCACAACCAUGCUCGCGUUUGCGGUUAUUCCCGAGUUCCGUGCAAUCCACUCCCCCACAUAUAACAUAUACGACCUUUCUUUUGGGAUCAAACCCCUUGAACAGGAUCUCUGCUACCAUAUCUCUUCCCAUACCACCUUCCCCAACAGUCCCGAGGCGUUGUGGUCUAGUUACAACGGCGAGUCAUCCCACGACUUUAAUAUUCGGCGACAAAAACACUUCCAAUCUGAGUGUCUACGUGAACAGAAGUUGGCGGUCAGUAUCCUUCUUGAUUCUUGGCCUUGCGAUUCCGUCCCUGCAAAUGCUCUGCAGUGUCUAAGCCACUCCCGAUACAACAAGCUUGCCCUUAGCGCCGUCCUUGCAAAGCAAUACUCGAACUGCUAUCGCAACCGGUGUCUGAAGGUAUAUCUAAAUCGUGUGCGGACUGUGCUUGUUGACGUGGGGCUGAAUUCCAUGCCCUCCAUCAAGCAAUCGUACACAUUCACCCCGAGCAAUUCAGAUGUUAUAUCAGUCACCACCGCCGUUCCCACUGAAGACUUAUUCAGAAAGCCUGCGCCAGUCAUCAAAUUACUACCUGACCCUCUCAAACAGAGUGACGCUUUACUAAGCAACAGAUCCUCUGGCAGCGGGCUCGAUUCAUCUCCAUUAGAGGAUGUCAUCUCCAGGUUUUCACGACGUCGAUUGGACCAGUUCGGUGUCCGCUAUGCCGAAGAUCUAGAAGACAGCAGAAUCGAUCUAGAGAACGAACAAUCACUCGUUGUACCGGAUCCAACCCGCUGGACAGUCAACAUGUUGCAAUAUCAUCAUGUGUGGUGCAAUAGGCUCUAUAAUAAUGCUUUUCGCAGAUUGGAAGAGCAUCUAGCUCCCGUGGGUUUGGCGGAGGAGAGUUUAUUCAAUUCUGGGCAAUGGCCGCGCAUUACCAUUACAUUUCUUCUCGGUCUCCUCGCCUCUACGUCAAAAACACCUCUCUGUGACUCAUGGAAAGCCCCUUUGACCAGUUUCGUCCAUAUUCUUCUUCGACUACAAAAAUCACAACGACUUCUGAAGUUAAAGCUAGCAGCUGGUGUGGACAAUGGAGAAUUUCUGAAGGAGCUGAUGAACGACGGUCACCUAGUAGUGGAUGAUACACAGACAUAUUUGGACUGGCUUCUAAUUCAGGCAGAUAAUCGAUUUCUUAUCCGUCCCAUUCAAGCUAGCGUUGCGAUGGAGAUGAUUUCCCCAAGCUCAGGCAACAAUACCGCCCUGCAGCUUCAUAUGGGGGAAGGAAAAUCUUCCGUAAUCGUACCUGUUUGUUGUGCUGCACUAGCAGAUCGCAGCAAUCUGGUACGGGUCGUCGUGCUAAAGCCUUUGGUUGUUCAGAUGUUCCGGUUGCUCGUGGAACGGAUCGGCGGCCUUACCAACAGGCGAAUUUUCUACCUGCCAUUCUCGCGUUCGUUGCACAUUACUUCCAAUCAUGCAAGCAUCAUCCAGUCACUAUUUGAAGAGUGCAAAGCCAUUGGCGGUAUUCUUGUCACGCAACCAGACCAUAUCCUCUCUUUCAAGUUGAUGACUGUGGAGCAACAGCUUCCGCCCACAAAUGCGGUUGGGCAAUCCUCAGCAGAGCUGGCCGUGCCCCUGCUGAAUACUCAGCGGUGGCUUGAUAAGCACGCUCGUGACAUACUGGACGAGAGUGAUGAACUACUGCAUGUCCGCUUCCAACUCGUCUACACUAUGGGCGACCAACAGCACUUGGAAGGUUAUCCUGAUCGAUGGACCACAACCCAACAGGUGAUGACCCUUGUGGCAAAACAUGCUCGCCUCCUUCACCAAGAAUUUCCUCUUGGAGUAGAGUUCCAGCCAGGCGUUACCGGCACCUUCCCCCUCAGAGUCCUGGACGCUUGCGCAGCCGAAAGAUUGAUCAAGCUGGUUUGUGACGACAUUCUUGACAGUAACCUUCCAAAUUUCGCAUUCGGACAUGUGCCACGUCAUAUGAAAGACUCCAUCCGUGAGUAUUUUACCCUCUCGACUAUUGGCCCACAGCUUCUUCACAAUGUCCGGAACUACUGCGCUGGGUCCAAUCUGUGGAAUGGACUACUGCUCAUUCGAGGACUUCUCGCACACGGUAUACUGAUAUACACGCUGAAGGACCGGCGAUGGCGCGUAGAUUACGGCCUGGAUCCUCAGCGCACAAUGCUUGCCGUGCCUUACCGUGCUAAGGAUGUUCCCUCAUCUCGGGCAGAAUUUGGACAUCCAGAUAUUGCAGUCGCACUCACAUGUCUUUCAUACUACUACGAAGGCCUCACUGAGAAACAGGUCGCCCUCUGCUUCCGCCAGCUACUCAAGCAAGACAAUCCCGCAUUGGAAUAUGAGACGUGGACAAAGGGGUUACCUUCAGAUUUGCUUCCAGACAACCUGAAAACCCUCAAUGGAAUCAAUGUGGAGUCCACUGAACAGUUUACCAGUUGUUUGGUACCUCUCUUCGAGCGAAAAAAGGCCGUCGUAGACUUCUUCUUGGCUCAGUUCGUCUUUCCAAAGGAAGCCAAGGAGUUUCCACACAAGUUAUCUUGCUCUGCCUGGGAUCUCGCAGAGCGAAAGUUUUCCGGGUUGCCUACCACAGGCUUCAGUGGAACAAACGACCUUCGCUACUUGCUACCCACCACCAUAGCGCAGCAUUCACUAGACCACCAGCGCGGUACGAACGCUAGAGUCCUGAGUCACCUUUUGCAGCAAGAGAAUGAUCAUUAUGAUCGGCUUGCUUCUGGUGGAAGCGCUAGAGAGCUUCUUAAUAUCAUCACGAAGAAGUCGCCUGAAAUCCGUGUCUUGCUCGACGUGGGUGCGCAAGUACUUGACCUGCAGAAUGACGAGGUGGCGAAGUUGUGGCUGGAGAUCAAUCAAGAUGCCCAAGCGGCAAUCUAUUUCAACAGGCACGAUGAGCUUGUGGUGCGCACUCGGGAUCAUGUUGUAGAACUAUUCUCCGCAUCUUCCUUUGCUCAGCAAGUGGAUCAGUGUGUAUUGUAUCUGGACGAUGAACACACCAGAGGAACAGACGUGAAGUUGCCUAGCGGAUUUCGCGCAGCUGUUACAUUAGGGCCAAAGGUCACCAAGGAUCGCCUUGUCCAAGGUUGCAUGCGUAUGAGAAAGCUUGGCUACCGUGACGGUCACUCAGUCAUGUUCUUCGCACCUCCAGACAUAGAUCGCAGCAUACGAGCUGUGAAUAACAAGAGUAAUGGAGAUAUUCAUGUGUCGGAUAUCCUCGUGUGGGCGAUGACUGAAACGUGCUCGGACAUCGAACAUCGCGCUUCACAAUGGCUUCAGCAUGGAGUAGAUUUCCAAUCUCGCCACAGUGCAUGGUCAUCGUUCUUAUCCGGCGAUAUUGAACCCGCCAAACUCACCCGUUCGUGGCUACAGCCAGAGGCCAAGCAAUUGGAAGAGCUAUACGCUCCAGCUCUUACGGACGCAUCUUCACAGGCGUCACAAGACGAAGAUCUUCUGGAGAGAUGCAGGAGCCUCGGAUUAGGCAUUUCGCCUGACAACCGCCUAGACGAAGAGCAAGAGAGAGAAGUGUUACAUGAGAUUGAGCGCGAGAGCGAGGUGGAGAGACCACCACCAGUGUCGGCUGCUACCCAUAGCAUUGACGAGGAUGUCAGGUCCUUCAUCCGAACAGGCUCCAUUCCGGAUGGAUCGCAUGUGUUCACUGCUGUUUUCGACACCCUCGCUACAACUUCUGCUGCUUUCUCAGGGCGCCAGCCGUGGUCACGGGACGUGUUUGCCUCGAGGGAUUUUACCACAACCGUUCUGACGGAAGAAAAAACGGACAACUACACACGCCCAGUCAACUGGAUUCUUUCAAGUACAGCAUCCCGCGCGCAGGUGCUAGUCAUUGUCAGCCCCUUCGAGGCUAACGUUUUAUUACCUGACAUUCGAGCAAGUAAGCAAGUUCGUUUGCACAUCUAUACACCUCGCGUCACCAAGAUGAUGAAGUCAUGCGACGACUUGCGCCUUUACAUCACCCCAUCAAAUCCCGCGCGAUGGAAUCCAGAUGACACCCUUAUCCGUCAGCUCAACGUCUUUGCUGGACAACUAUACUUUCCUCAACAGCGCGCAUACCUGAAAUUGUGUCGCCUCUUGGGGCUUUACACUGGAGAUCUCAAAUAUCAGGGUGUCACUGAGAUUCAAAGUGAUGGAUUUAUCAAACUGGAGCAUCGGCCUCGUGCUGAGGAUUCCCUCAACACCUUCCAACAAUCGCCUGUCCCCAUGUUGAAAGCACUUUUUGGUAUCCGCCGCAAGGGAAUGGGGUACUUGCCUACGCACAUCGGAAAGCUAUUGAAUGCUCGAUAUUUGACGAGCGAGGACUUCCAAGAGACAGCUUGAUCGCCACCCCAUAGUAGUACUCAGCAUGAACUUUUUUCGUAUCCAUUAUCUUGCAGGUCUUCCAAACUACAUGACUUUCAUCACUGCAUCAUAUUUCCUUCAGAUUUUGUAUAGUAUUUG